AAUGCCCUCUUCCCUCCUCCGGGUCCUCCCUCGCUUCCUCUCUUGUUGUUUGGUGGUUUUCGAUGAUACAUCCCUGUCACCAUUCGCAACACAUUUUACUGGGAUUACCCAUGUCGUGGAAUAACAUUGACACCGGGUAAUAGUGUGAUGCAACCAUCCAUCAGUGCAGGAGGCGGGAAAUGAUGUGAGCCCCUUUCCCCAAUAUGUUUGAAGUCAAACUGCGAGCUGUGGAAAAGAAGGAGUCCAGCACUGAGACAGAUGAGGGCCUUGGCAGCAGCAGUCGGCAUUGCUCUGGCUCGCUGGGUUCAGGUUCAGUGGAAUCCGGAUCCUUCUACCUGUCUGACAGCCAGGACUGGGUGGUUUCCCCAAGUUGCUCCCCAGAGGAAGGCUGCACCCAGCACAACGCCAUCUCCCCAAUGCUGGCAGAGGAGACUUUCCGCUACAUGAUCCUCGGUUCUGAUCGUGUGGAACAGAUGACCAAGACCUACAAUGACAUCGAAGUGGUCACUCACCUCCUGGCCGAGCGGGACAGAGACCUGGAGCUGGCUGCUCGGAUCGGACAGUCGCUUCUUCAGAGAAACCACCUGCUGCAGGAGCGCAAUGAGGCAGUGGAGGAACAGCUAGCACAAGCUCUUGACCAGGUUCACCAGCUGCAGCAUGAGCUCAGUAAGAAGGAUGAGUUGCUGCGGAUGGUGGCCAAUGCCUCGGAGGAGUGUGAAGCUGACUCCAACGCGUCAACUCCAGUGAGGCAGCGUCAGUUAAUGGGUGGGACGACCACGGCUGCCGCACUCAACCAGCUGGAGUCAAUGCAGUGUAAACUGCAGGAGCUAGAAGAGGAGAACCUGACUCUGAGGUCUGAGGCUUGCCAGCUGAAGAGGGACACCAUCACCUAUGAGGAGAAGGAGCAGCAGCUUGUGAGUGACUGUGUCAAGGAGCUACGCGAGUCCAACAGCCAGAUGGUUUCUCUGACUGAUGAAGUGUCCCAGAAGAACGAGGAGCUGAUCCGACACCAGGAGGAGAUUGCUCAGUUGCUCUCCCAGAUUGUGGAGCUGCAACACAGAGUCAAAGAGCUCGCUUUGGAAAAAGAGGAGUUGAGGAUCCACCUGCAGGCUUCUAAAGACGCCCAGCGAUUGCUCACAGCAGAGUUGAAUGAUCUGGCCGAGAGGAAUGCAGAGUGUGCAGAGAUGCUCCACGAGUCCCAGGAAGAGAUUAGGGAGCUUCGCAACAAAAAUAUUUCCUCCUCUGGGAUGCGACAGCACCUCGGCUAUGGCUCCUUCCCCAUGGAUUCGCUGGCUGCAGAGAUUGAAGGUACUAUGAGGAAGGAGCUAAGUGUUGAAGAAGAAACUGAAUUUGAAAACCAAAGAAUCUCCCAGAAGAAAGUUUUCCAAACAGUCCGUUCCGUCAACGCCUCAACAUCCCGGCCAAGUUCGGCCACCCCCCCAAUUCCUGGCUCUCGUCAGAACUCUCUGGUGAUGACUACACAGCCGUUCGAGUCUGCUCAGGGGGACGAGGUUCCCAUGGGGCAGCCAGGCUCUCCAGGUGGAAAUGACCUCACAAAAGCUCUUCGUCGCUUGUCACUGCGACGGCAGAACUUCUUGUCUGAACACCAGUUCUUCAAGGCAGAGCGUGAGAAGAAGCACCAGUCCCUGGCAAAGGCAGAGGCUCAGGAGGCGGGAAGCAGCUGCAGCUCAACAAUGAGCAGCGCAUUCUCCUCCUUUUCCAACCUGUCUGAACUCUCUGUAGGUUCCAGCCUCUUCAGGACCUUCUUACCAGAGAAGCUUCAAAUUGUCAAGCCCAUUGAGGGCUCACUGACGCUCCAUCACUGGCAGCAGCUUGCCAAACCCCACCUCGCCACCAUCCUAGACCCACACCCCGGCGUUGUCACCAAGGGGUUCCGCCCACUUGCCCAGGAUUUUGUCUACCGCCUCAGUGACAUGGAAGAAGAUGAAGAAAAUGAAGAGCAGGGAGAGAAAGGGGAGGCUGUUUUCUUGGAGAAAGGUGCAGCAGAGAGAGGUAAAGAGCAGGAGGAAGAAGAGGAAGAAGGCGGCAUUGUCUUCAAAGUGCACUGUUCAUCCACACCGGAGGAAAAGAAAGACCGAAUGCAGUCAAACACACAUCUUCCUGCCACUUCUUUCCUGCCGGCCCGGCUAUUGUCUUCUAAUGUAGCUGAGACCUCCAGCUCAUCAACUCACCUUCAUUCAAACGUGUCCACAGCAACAGUUCAAUCAAGUGCAUCUGCCUCAGUCCAAAAUCCAGUCAAGUGUCAGAGUUCCACAUUCUCCACCUUCACAUUCACCAUGUGUCGCAUCCUGCACCCGAGUGACAUCACACAAGUCACUGCAAGCUCACAGUCGUGCCUCGGUGCCAAUACACCCAGCUCUAUGAGGACUGGACCCAGUACCCCUCUGACUCCAUGCCGACUCAGUCUUGGAGACUCCUUUCAAACUCGGCGCCCUGCUGUGGCUGCCAGUGGCUUGGCCAAGUUGGUCCUAGAGAGAGGCAUUUCUGCACAAGUCUCCACAGAAACCCCCCAAUCCUGUCCAAAGCCCAUGCCCCAGCGGCCUCUUCUCCGCUUACUCCCAGGUACGCCUCCAAACUCACCAGAGUACCGCCAGCACUCUGUUGACAAUUUUCUGGCAUCAAGGCCAGCGGAGCUGUUUCUGCAAGAUGUUUAUGGCUUGAAUCUAGGCCGUGCCCCUCAUCCCGACCUACCCAGCCCACUACAGGAAAACCAGGCACGUGGGCCACUCCCGGACCCGCUUAACGUCAGCUUGUUUGAGAGACUGCGUCACCUGGGCUUUACCAAGGUCCACCAGGCCUCUGAGUCACACCGGGACUCGGCCACCUUUGUGUCACCAGGCGGCGGGAGCCUACUAGAUGGUCUGAGGCGCAACCACAGCCUCCCGGCAAUGAUCGGUGCACGAGCGGGAAAGUCAGCAGGUCGCCCAACGCUCCCUGCUCACCCCACCUCGCUGGCAUUGCCUCCACCACCCUGGGGAAACCUCAAACAAAGAUGCACAAAAGUCACUGCAAAUGCCACACCACGUUCAGGUGACUGUUGAGGAGAGGACCACCCCCAUAACAAGAACCCAACUUCCAUUUCCUAUCUUCCACCUAUAGUUUAUGUCAACUUUUUUAGAUGCACGUCCUCCUUUUAAGACAUGAUUUUAAAGCACAACACUUUUUUAAUUCCGUUUAACUUUUUAUUUGUUAAAAUGUAAAUUUGUGUCGAGCCACUUAUCUAGUACUGGUCCACCGUUUACUUCUCAUUACAAAAAGUCCCCGCUUAGGUCAACAUCCACAUACUUACUGUAGUCAACCACUUAUGUCGACAUAAACUUUUAAGGGAUAAUUUCUACAAAAAAUGGGUCAGUGUAUGUCGACAUGUGUUGGCAAAUUUUUAACCUCAUCAAUAUUGCGAGCGUGUACAAAUGAAGAGUGGGAGGAGCAACAGGAAAAUAACUCCCACUUAUCUUUAAGGGGGUUGAAAAAUAAUUUCGUAUCAUCCAUUCUCAUUAUUUCUCUAGACAAAGUCACAAGUAAAUUAUUAGCAAUGGUUAAUUUUGGUUAUGUUUAUCAGCCAAUCUGAGGGAUGUCGACUUAAACAAGCUGUAUUUAUUCUACUUAUUUAUUUAGUGCAGUAGAGUCCAAACGUUUUCCGCUGAGAGACACAUACAAAAAACGAUGCAGUGGCCGUUUAGUUUAUCUUGUUCAACCAGUCAGUAUUUCAACUUUUUCUUCUUUCAAGUAUAGUUUUAUGAAUAGAAUACACCCUGAGGGAAAAUAAAAAUCCAGCUGCGGGCCGAAGAUAGUCCCCACGCCUCACUUUGGAAACCCUUGCCUUAGCGUGUGUUCCAAAAGGCUUGUUGUACCUACCUUGUUGAGAGGCUCUGGAUGUGUGUGAAACGGGGAAGAUACACUAUAUGGAUAAGUAGGAGUACUGGCAAAAACAGUCUUGGAACAGAAAGCAGCUUUCCCCCAAAUUGGAAGGAUGGAAUCGUCCAAAAAGUCUCGCUAAGGCGAAGAAUUAAGAUUAAGGACGGUAUCCCAAUACUUGAGUCAUCCAUCCAUCCGUCCAUUUUCUAUUCAGCGGUACCUCGGUUUUUGUCAAUAAUCUGUUCUAAAAGGUCAGAUGAAAACUGAAUGAUACGAAAACCAAGGCAAUGUUUCCCAUAAGAAGUUCAGUAGUGUAAAUCCAAUGACCCAAAAAUAUGAACACAUUUCAUAGAGGAUAAUUGUACAUGCAGAAACAAUGGGGAAUACACAUACAUUAUGAAUGAAAUGUAUGAACUUUUACCUUCAGUCUUGUUGGUGAGCCUCGCAUGUGCCACCUUCGUACACCUAGUUGGUUAUGUGCAAUGUUUGGUCGUACGAAAACCAGGCAAAAUUCAGGUGAAAUUUUACGUUGAAAAUGGAAUUAUUGCAAAAAGUGGAGCGUGUGAAAACCAAGGUACUAUGUAAACCCCGACUAACCACAGGGCACAUAUAGGGCUCGAAAGGGCAUGUGAUUUCACAAAGAAUUGUGGGUGCUGGGAAGCCAUUUUUGCUGGACACAGGUUUUGUUUACCGGUACAUGGCUGUAUUGUACCCAUGGUAAUGUGAGAGAGAGCAACAAACUGGAUUAAAAUGAAUCGUACAAAAUAAAAAAUUUAAGGGGCCGCACUGAGAUAAACUGUAUCCUAUUCCAAAGGCUCGCUACCUCAAAAAAAUAAGUCAAAUUGGUGGAAUUGAUCCAUAUGAGCCCGUCCAAUGGACAAGAGAUUUGAGUAAACUGCCACCAUUUUCGAAGCCAAAGUUGUACAUAUAUUUCGUCGAUAGUCAUUUUUUAAACUGGUGAGGGUUUUCAGAAUGUAAAGUCUGUUAACUCUAAAGGCCUUAGUGGCCACAUGCGUGGACAGCACCUUUUAGCUCUUAUUUCCAAAAUUGUGUACACUACUGAAUUGGGGUCUUAUGGCCGCUCAUGUGGACACUUAUACUGCCAUCUGGUGGUGUCAGAAGAGUAUAACAUACAAUGGAAUUUGGGAAAAAAAAGUGUAAAAAUAAAAAUUAGCAUGUCACUACACAUGAAGUACACGUUUGUGGUACUUAUGGACUAAGUACAUCAUAUCAAAAGAUGAUUCUUAGUUUUUAUUCUAAUUAGGGUCCAAUAAGCCCAAAUAGCAAAGAGAAAUAAAAAAAGCAUGUAAACAAACAGCUUGGGCCUUAAGAGGUUAAGUCUCAUUGUCCUCCAUUCAAAUUGUGCAUAAUCUACGGCUUUCAUCUCUUAUGUGUAAGAGAUGGAGUGAGGGUGCCCAGCCUCCUUUCAUAAGCAGGUUUCCCCCAAAAACAAGCCUAUUAUAACUUUUAAAUACUUUGAUCACUGCGCUACUGCUCCAAAAAUAAUACUUGCCGUAUUUUUCGGAGUAUCAGUCGCUCCGGAGUAUAAGUCGCACCGGCCAAAAAUGCAUAAUAAAGAAGGGAAAAAAACAUACAUAAGUCGCACUAGAAUAUAAGUCAAAUUUUUGGGGGAAAUUUAUUUGAUAAAACCCAACACCAAGAAUAGACAUUUGAAAGGCAAUUUAAAAUAAAUAAAGAAUAGUGAACAACAGGCUGAAUAAGUGUACGUUAUAUGACGCAUAAAUAGCCAACUGAGAACAUGCCUGGUAUGUUAACGUAACAUUAUGGUAAGAGUCAUUCAAAUAACUAUAACAUAUAGAACAUGCUAUACGUUUACCAAACAAUCUGUCACUCCUAAUCUGUAAAUCCCAUGAAAUCGUAUACGUCUAGUCUCUUACGUGAAUGAGCUAAAUAAUAUUAUUUGAUAUUUUACGGUAAUGUAUUAAUAAUUUCACACAUAAGUCGCUCCUGAGUAUAAGUCGUACCCCUGGCCAAACUAUGAAAAAAACUGUGAUUUAUAAUCCGAAAAAUACGGUAUUCAUUUUUGUGCUUUCCCAAGACUAAAAGUAAACGGACAAAAUGCUUUUUUCCAAAAUACUGUACAUUGUUUGUCACAGGCAGCCAGCUUGGCUAACGCUAACAGUCUACUAAAUCCUACGUGUGUAAAUGAAUAAAACACGCUUUGAUUCAAAUUUACCAGUCUGAAAAGGCAGUGAACACACGUACCAGAUGAUGGCGUUAAAAGUCAUGUUUGAUUGUCUCAUGGCUGCUAUCCAGGCUAUUCGCCGUCUCUUAAUUAUCUUCAUAACCUGACUUCCCUCAGCUUUGCUUUCACGCUGGAAAUAAGGAAAAUCUCACCAAAUCCUUUUUUUUUCUAAAGCAAAGCUGCACGAUUGCACCAUGUUUUGAGCUUGUUAAAGAUGAAAAACAAAACUUAAGCACAAAAUCUUGUAUUCUGCCAUGUAAAUACGCUUAUCAGAGUCCAGCAAGACCCACAAUGCAAUGUGUUUCCAUGUCACACUUUCAAGCCCUAUACAACCAAUCAUUCACACACCUUCUCUCCUAUGGACAAUUUACAGUCCCUAAUUCGCCAUGCAGAUGUUUCAAUAGAGAAUCAGACCCUGGAUCCUCUGGCUGUGAGGCUGACAUGCUAACCUCUGGUCCACCGCGGGGCCUUACUUGAGUCAACAUAGUGUAACUUGAAUGUGAGUAUUAGGUUUUGUGGAUGUGGAUUGGAAAGCAAAGGAAAGUGUUUUUUUAGGGUUUGAGGAAGUUUGCAAGAAUGAUGGAGUGUUUUAAGGGCUUUUAUGUAUUUUUCUGUAAUAUUUGCUUUGUUGGAAGUAAAUACAUUUAGAAAAACAUAGUUGUUUGGCAGGUUUAAUAUAGUCACAGCUGGAGGUGGGAAUCUUUGGGCACCUCACAAUUCGACAACCUCUGAGGAAGGCAAUAGUUGUAGCCGCAACUGUAAGGUAUGGAAGUAAACACACAGGUCUGGCUAUAACAAUAACAAAUUGCAUACUUUUUUGAAGACCUAAUGAACUUCUUAGGACUACGAUUCUAUAAUUGUCCAUGUCCGAAUUGCCAAGUAUCUAAAAAUCGAUUAUUUCCCCCACCUCUAGUCACAGCUCAUAAUUCAUCUGUUUGACAUCCAAAACAACCUUUUUGCAGCCUCCUGGUCCUAGCAUUAACCUGUGUGCAGUUGGGCGGGACAUGGUGAAAGGCAAAGUUUUUUAUUGUGUGUGUUGUUUUUAAUAGUAAGCGGCCUUAAAGCAGAAACCAGCUGUUGCCCUCAUGCUUUCACCCACCAUCUUUUUGAUAUUUGCACUGGUCCUUUUCAGGCCCAAAAACAUGGUCAGGUUGUGUUAAGAUUAGAAAGAAAAAAAACACUGGCUGUGUCUCAAAGGGAGUACUUCUGUCAGUACACUUCAAUAAGUAUACUGUGUGUGUCUCAAAUGGAAUAUACUUCUGUCAGAACACUUCAGUAAGUAUACUGUGUGUGUACAAUGUACUUAGUUCCUGACUGUGUCAGUUUUGUCCCAAAUGUACUGCUGUUGCAAACUUGACAGAAAUUACAAUUGUUUAGUGGACCAGAUUCUUCUCUCCUUUUUAAUAGUGAAUUGCAACCACUCCCGUUACUCCAAACCAAGAUGCCGACUAUUGUGGGUGGUAAGUGUCCAUCACCAUUUUGGCGGGUUUGAGUGCAACAUCCAGGUACUUACAAUGUACUGCAUUUUCCGCAGUUAUGCACUGCGGCAGUUGAGGCACAGCCCAGUCAUUAUUGUAAUAAUAUUAACAUUUGGUAAUUAUUAUUAACAUUGUUUUGAAACACUUCUUUCUGUUCACUUUCUGUUAUUUGAUGCGGUCGGUCGGUGUUAGAAGCUUAACGUGCUUCAGUCCAUCCAGACUUCUCGAGUUACUUUGUAUUUACAUUUUAUAAAUUAUAACCUACUGUUGAGAAAGGCUUCAAUGUCGAUUAACAUGUAGCAUUUUAUGUUUUAUUUUUUUGUCCAGUACUGGAAGACCAGCGACAUUAUUUUAUUAUUCUUAUACAAUUGGCAUACUUUGGCUUUUGUGUUUUUUUUUAUCUAUCCGAAUUUGUUCCACAGAUAUUUAAUCGUUAUGUGUUUUUAAGGCUGUGUAUCAAAUGGAAUACUUCUGUACACUUCAUUAAGUAGACUUAGUUCUUCUGAUAACUGCUUUUCAUUGCUAUAUGUUCUUCGUCCUUAACUGCAGUUCUUUUAAGUUAGUCCCUCUCCUUCAACAACGUAGCUAAAAUGACAUCUAUGGAGAAAGUACAGUACAGGCCAAAAGAUUGAACACACCUUCUCAUUUCAAUUUGUUUUCUUUAUUUUCAUGACUAUUUCACUGAAGUCAUGAUACCUCAAGUGAAAACCCUUUCAGGUGACUACCUCUUGAAGCUCAUCAUGAGAAUGCCAAGAGUGUGCAAAACAGUAAUCAGAGCAAAGGUUGAUUGGCAACACUAAAUUGUCCCCAGUGUGUGAAUGUGAGUGUGAAUGUUGUCUAUCUGUGUUGGCCCUGUAAUGAGGUGGCGACUUGUCCAGGGUGUACCCCGCCUUCCGCCCGAAUGCAGCUGAGAUAGGCUCCAGCACCCCCCGCGACCCCAAAAGGGACAAGCGGUAGAAAAUGGAUGGAUGGAUAGAAUAUAAAACAUGUUUUCAGUUAUUUCACCUUUUUUGUUAAGUACAUAACUCCACAUGUUCAUUCAUAGUUUCGAUGCCUUCAGUGACAAUCUACAAUGUAAAUAGUCAUGAAAAUAAAGAAAACGCAUUGAAGGACAAGGUGUGUCCCAUCACUACACUCUACAUUACAAGUAUUGACAGUCUGCCGCUAUUUGCGUACUUUAUCAGUGGGAGCACAUGUAUGCACUCAAAAGACUUACGUACAGAAGUGCGCCAAUUGAGACACAGAUGUAGUUGUUAGGUUUGCUUUUUGACAUCACAUGGUUAGAGCUUAUUAUUGCACAAAACAACAACUAGCUGAUUAUUUCAUGAAUGGCUUGUCUCUUGAUCAAUAAAGCAGAGGAAAAUAAACAUUUUAUGUGUGGAUAUAUGCUUGCUGGAAAACAACAUUUGACAAAACCUACUCGUAGGAGCCAGAAUUGGGGAUUUUAGGAGUAAUGUGUGGGGGGAUGUGUCUGCUGGGAUUAGGGUGUUACUGGUCACAUGGGCAGGGGGCGUGGCUGUAUUACUCUCUACAGCAGGGGUGUCCAAACUUUUUCCACUGAGGGCCGCACACGGAAAAAUUAAAGCAGGUGGGGGCCAUUUUGAUAUUUUUCAUUUUCAAACCUUAACAAAAUAUAUGCAUUUUUUAUUUAUUUUACCUUUAGGGGUCCCGGGGACCAUAAAGGGUCUCAGUCAUUAAAAUGUUAAAAAUAAGUCACAUUAUUAUUAUUUUUUUAAUUAUUUAACGCU